AAUACCUUGAAAUCCCGAUUGUGGCACCUGAACGGGACCUGAAUGUUGAUGCUGUUAUCCUGUAUUGACAGGUCGAUGCUGUAGACAGUGACACGGAGCUGGUCAUUGCGAGAGAAGUGUCAUGCCAGUCUAGCAUAUAUGUCCAAUCUUUACGUGACAGAACCUGCUACCAAUGGCAAGAUCAUCAUCGACACUACCGCCGGAGAGAUCGAGGUGGAGCUAUGGGGCAAAGAAGCUCCAAAAGCCGUCCGUAAUUUCCUCGCUCUGACUAUGGAGGGUUACUACGAUGGAGUCAUUUUCCACCGUAUCGUGCCGGGGUUCAUUGUUCAGACAGGAGAUCCGACGGGAACAGGGAUGGGAGGUGAAUCGUUCUAUGGCGAGCCAUUUCAGGACGAAAUUCAUGGAAGACUCAAAUUCCAUAGGCGAGGUCUUGUUGGAAUGGCAAACAGUGGGAAACGGAACACCAACACAUCACAAUUCUUCAUCACCUUGGACAGGGCAGAGGAGUUGACGGGGAAGCACACUCUCUUUGGCAAGAUCACGGGAAACACUGUCUUCAACGUCCUCAACAUUGGCAACUUGGAGAUUGACGACACAGAGAGACCGAAAAUUCCUCCCAAGAUUCGAGGGAUCAGAAUUGUGGAAAACCCAUUCGAUGACAUUGUUCCGAGGAUAACUGUGGCAGAGAAGAAGGCCCAGGCGAAAGCUCGAGCAGAAGCAAAGAAAGAGGCCGAGGCUAGAGAGAAGCGCUCGAGGGCGAAAAAAAACACUGGUCUCUUGUCGUUCGGCGAAGCGGAGGAGAUACCGGAUGAUCCUCAGUCUAGCGCGAAAAAGAACAUGGGAAGGAGGGAUUUGGUGGAGACUGCAGGCGAAUCCUCAUCAAAAGCAACACCCCCUCGGGCACAACCAAACUUGGUCGAACUUCCCCCUUCGCUCCAUGAUCUGGCCGAAAGCAGUAGCAAGCCCAGGGAGAAAAAGAUUGUGGACAUCCGCGAGAUACGAGCGCAGCAUGAUCGGGAAAAACAGGGCGACAGCGCUGCGCGCCAGGCCGAAAUCAAGAAGAUGCAAGAAGAUCUACGAAAGCUGAAGAAGAAGUCUGGACAAGCUUCGGAUUCUGAUUCCGACUCGGACGCCGGUCGACGGAGAAAAAAGGUGUCAUACCUUGACGAGGAGCUGGCCAAGUAUUCCAAAGGAAGGGGACGUGCAGCCAAAAGUGGCAACAGGAGGAGCAGGAAAGACGAGGAAGAUGACCUACUGCUCGAGAUGGGGAGGUUUAGCAAACGUGUGGCAAUGGCUGGAGAUGAUGAUGAAGGAGCCCAAGAGGACGAGGAUAUGCCAGAACCUGCUCAGGACCUCAGCCUUCUCGGAGGACCGCCAAACGAGGAAUUAGAAGUGGAUGACGACGUCGGGUGGCUGAAGCACAAGCUCAGAUUUGUAGUGGAUGAAAAGGAGCUAACACGGCGAGCAGAGGAGGAGUAUGCGGUCAUUGAUCCUCGUGCGAAAGCUAGACAGCUAGCUAGUGAGGAGAAGAGAGAAAAGGACAAUCGAUUCAAGGGGUCUCGUACAGCAGGAGAUGUGGGCAGGAGAAGAUGAAAACUGUAGCACAAUUUCUCACAAAUUGCGUGCAUGUCAUCGUCUGCG